CCUAGGUCCGUUAUUGAUAGGGGAAAGCCGGCUUAAUCUUCACACGCUUUUGUCUGAACGCAAAAUUUCAAAGCCGAAAGGUUAGUUAGGAGGAGCAUCUGGUCUGCAUUUCAUGGAUAGUGGACUAUCGGGACAGCAAGCCUCUUCUGAGGCGGCUGCACGUGAACUGCUUAUUGACAUCUCCAACUCUUUGCCAGAAAGAGCUUCCAAUUCAGAACCCGCUGAAAAUUCAAACACGGUUCCUGCUGCUGACCCAGUGAUUAACGGGGAUGGGGCUGAUGUACUCAGGUCUAUGCUAAUUGCAAUUUCGUACGACAGUUCUCCAGAUGAUGGCCGUAUUUGUAAUGGUCAUGGAUGACCGGUAUGGUGCGCGCCAAUGCUUGCUAUGGAAAACUUUGAAUAAGGGAUUGCCUUUUCUGCUGUUAAAUUUGAUCAUUGUUACAGUUGACUUCUAAGUCUUGUGCUCUACUCUAGUCAAGCAGGCCAGAAAGGGGAAGACCAAAUUGUAUUUUUAAACUUUGUUUUUUUCUCUCUUGGAGUGUAUGUAUUAUUGUUCCAUUUUACUUCCUUCUCAGUGACACCCCAAGUGCAGGAAGAUCAUGUGUGAACCCUUAGUUUGGGGUUGUAUUAAGUUUUCUUGCACUCCUGUUUAUUUCAAACCUUGAACCAAUCAAACACAAUUUGUGUUGCACCUCUAUACUUUUUGAGGCAUAAAUAUAUGACCUUUGUACCA